CAGCCUCCACAAGUUCGUCCCGCGAAGUGGCAAGCACCCAGGAAGGCAUCUUCCCCACCGUCCAACUGCACUGAACGCACACGUCCAUAGACAACAAUGGCGGCCCUGGCACGAGCAGGCCUACUGCUGCUGCUGGCCAGCGCGGUGCUCGUGGGCUGCGGCGGCCAGGCCGCUGACGAGAGCAGCGCCCCCGAGCGCCAGCACCGGGGCUUCCAGCAACUGCGCCUCUCGACGGCGCGCGGAUUCGGCAAACGUGGCACGCUGCCCGCUAUCGCCGCCCUGCUAGGACACCACGUGGCACUGCACAGGCUCCCGGAGCCCCAGCAGCCGCCCGUAAUCAAGAAAGGCUUUCGUAACAUGAAGAUAUCGACGGCCAGAGGAUUUGGCAAGCGCGCUGACUCUGACACUUCGUUUUUGCUGGAGAAUGAUGACUUUGACCCCGUGGAUUUCAAGAACAAACGGGAUAUUCGGAGAAUCAGCCUAUCCACGGCCAGAGGAUUUGGAAAGAGGUUAAGCCCUGCGUCGUCCGACGAAUCAUAUCACAACGCAGGGCAGCCUGUAACCACUUGGCUAGCGGAGGAGAUGGCCAAAGGCGACCUGAAUGAUGACGGAGCUGUUUACCAGGACACCUUUUAGACGUCACUUCACUUUCAAGCAUCACCAACAAGUUUCGCCUUGAGUAUCGAUGAUUUCUCGCCGGGCCUGUGAAGACACAGCUGUACAUACACAAAAUAAAUGAUCGCACAGACGCAAAUGCCGCAGAAAACAGCUGCCAGAAUAAUCACCCUCCAAGCAGCGCCACGGACUCAUAGCUCCUUAUAUUGUUAUGUACAAUCAUUGCUUUCAAAUAAAUAUAACUAACUUGUUACAUGAACA